AUGUCGGAGGCGUCGCCCGAUCCGUCUACGCAUCUUGAACCCCCCAGCAAAACCACCGAGAGGGAGGAUCCUGGAGCUGAGGACAGCGGCUCCGAAAGUGGCGAAGAACAUUUCUCAGAUGCCAGUGAAGGCCACAUACAGCAACAAUCAAGCCCGCGUUCUGGUGGUACUUCCCCUGUCCCACGGACCAGAAUCGAGCGAGUCGACAGCAGCCUUCAGCAUGGCGAGGUUCCCGGGACCGUGGCAUACGAGAUAAGACAGCAGGAUGCAGUUCCCGACGAAAUUGAAGUUAUUCCAGAAGGUUCGCGCAAUAGCGACCUCUCCCCCGCGGGGUCGAAGGACCGGCCGGUGACCCCAACGGAUUCGCCAAUUCCGCGCACAAUGGUAGAGAAGGUUGAUCCGGAUUCGCCCAGCUAUGGCGAAGUUCCAGGAACAGAGGCAUUUGAAAAGAGACUGGCAGAUGCUGUGCCCGACGUGGUGAAAUCCACAGAUGAUCCCGAGAAUAUUCAACCGCCAGCAUCCUCCUCGGAAAACGCAUCUCAAGACUCCAACUUUUCAAGCCAGCCAAUUCCUGAAACGCGCGUCUCUCGCGUUGAUUCCAUGCCUAAUGAUGAAGACCUCCCGUCAAGGCCCCAAGCCCACCAUCGAACAUCGCCGAGUGACGCAAUGCCCGACGUCGUGGAAACAGUCCCCGAUACCACAACCUCAGAAGACACCUCUCCGCAACACGAACAAAUGCGUCAGGACAUUGAAGAAGAUGAUGAGUUUGGUGAUGUGAAUAAAAGACAAGCGGGGGCUGAUGAAUUUGACGACUUUGUUGAGGAACAAGACGACAUGAGUGAUGAUGAUUUCGGGGACUUCGAUGACGGCUUCCAAGAACCCAGUGCUGAAAUUGACGACGGUGCUGCCACAGGGGGUAGCGCCACUCCUCAGCAGCCUCAAACCCUUCUCUCAGUUCCUCCUCUUAUCGAUCUCGACACAUACAAGUCCACCACCGAACUUCUCAGUGCUCUUGAGGGCACCCUCGAUAACUUAUUCCCUGCCUCCCAAGACCUCGGUAACCUUUCACCCAUCGAACCAAUUCCCGAUUCCUCAGCAAUUUUCAGCACUGAGCGUUCCCUUUCCCUGUGGUCUCAGCUCGUUGCCCCACCACCUCUCCAACCCCAGAACUGGGUCAAAUCUCGCAUCCGGCGAUUGUUCCUUGUAUCACUUGGUGUCCCCGUCGACUUGGACGAGAUUCUCCCAGCAUCCAAGCAAAAGAAGCUUGUUCUCCCCUCCAUUGACCUCGACGGCUCGGGGGCAACAACACCCAGCGGCCGAUCCCGCAGCCAAGGCCGAAAGGAAGGCGAAGGCUCUCAAAACGAAACUGAAAGCGCAGCCACGACAGGGCAGGCCGCUGCUCGUCAGAAGACUGUUCGUCGUGGUGCAGUUCCUCCACCAGAAAUUGAUCUCUCCGCUGUACACCGCUUGUGCGCCACCACCGAUGCCGCGCUGAGUGGCUUGACUGAUGUGGAAUUGCAAUCUCAUGUCAAGGAGUUGGAAAAGGUUACCCUGCGCGCCAGCACAGUAUUGGAGUACUGGCUCAAGCGGAGGGAUGGUCUGAUCAGUGAAAAGGAGGCCUUUGAAGGUGUCAUUGAGAAUCUUGUCAGCCAUGUUCGGCGCGUAAGGAAAUGA